CAACCAUUUUGAAGCUUCGGGUUGAGGCUGAAUUGGAGAGAAUGCUGCGGUCUUUGGGUUCCAUCGCCGCACCGCCUCCGUUGCGCGGUUCAUCGCCUUCAUCGGACAAGACCCCUACAAGGGUUCUGAGAAAUAACCAUUGGCUAUGCAAUUGCUUACCAAAUGCAUCAACACAGCAAUCCAGAAAACUGCUUGGUCAUCAUGUAUUUCGGCUAUCAUCCAAUAGUUACAGAAAUUUCAGUCAUGGUUCCCCAAUCUCAGCUGUUGUGACAGAUGACAGUUCAACAAUGAUGACCUCAGAUGAAGACACUGAAAAUAUUGGUAUUCUGGGACUUGAUCCAGGUUUAGAAACAUUUAAAGAUCACUUCAAAUAUCGAAUGAGAAGAUAUGUGGAACAGAAGACGCUUUUUGAAAAAUAUGAGGGAGGUCUAGAGGAAUUUGCAAGAGGUUAUUUGAAAUUUGGUUUCAACAGAGAAGAAGGUGGCAUUGUCUACCGUGAGUGGGCACCCGCUGCUCAGGAAGCAGCACUUAUUGGGGACUUCAAUGGAUGGGAUGGUUCCAGCCACAAGAUGGAAAAGAAUGAGUUUGGUGUUUGGAGUAUUAAAAUCCCUGAUUCUGUGGGAAAACCAGCUAUUCCUCACAAUUCAAAAGUCAAGUUCAGAUUCAAGCAUGGCGAUGGAGUUUGGGUAGACCGAAUCCCUGCCUGGAUAAAGUAUGCCACUGUGGAUCCAACAAUAUUUGCAGCACCAUAUGAUGGUGUUUACUGGGAUCCACCUUCUUCAGAAAGGUAUGAGUUUAAGUAUCCUCGUCCUCCAAAACCUAAGGCACCGCGGAUAUAUGAAGCUCAUGUUGGAAUGAGUAGCACAGAACCCUGUAUUAAUUCAUACAGAGAAUUUGCUGAUGAUGUUUUGCCUCGUAUUCAAAAAAAUAACUAUAACACAGUACAAUUGAUGGCAGUAAUGGAGCAUUCCUACUAUGGAUCAUUUGGAUAUCAUGUAACAAACUUUUUUGCUGUAAGCAGUAGAUCUGGAACACCUGAGGACCUUAAAUAUUUAAUUGAUAAAGCCCACAGCUUGGGCCUACAAGUCUUGAUGGAUGUUGUCCACAGCCAUGCUAGUAACAAUGUAACUGAUGGGCUCAAUGGUUUUGAUGUUGGCCAAAACUCACAAGAGUCUUAUUUUCACACGGGAGAUGGAGGUUACCACAAGUUGUGGGACAGCAGACUGUUUAACUAUGGUAAUUGGGAAGUGCUUCGUUUCCUUCUUUCAAAUUUAAGGUGGUGGCUUGAGGAGUUCAAAUUUGAUGGAUUUCGAUUUGAUGGAGUAACUUCAAUGUUAUAUCAUCACCAUGGAAUCAACAUGGUGUUUACGGGGGACUAUAAUGAGUAUUUCAGUGAGGCAACUGAUGUUGAUGCUGUUGUUUACUUAAUGCUGGCCAAUUCUCUGAUACAUAACAUCUUGCUAGAUGCAACUGUAAUUGCUGAAGAUGUGUCUGGUAUGCCUGGACUUGGUAGGCCUGUCUCUGAAGGGGGGACUGGUUUUGACUACCGCCUUGCCAUGGCCAUUCCUGACAGGUGGAUCAAUUACUUGAAAAAUAAGAAUGAUGAAGAGUGGUCAAUGAAGGAAAUAUCAUGGAGUUUGACAAAUAGGAGAUACACCGAGAAGUGUUUAUCUUAUGCUGAGAGUCAUGACCAAGCCAUUGUAGGUGACAAGACUAUUGCGUUUUUCCUAAUGGAUAGAGAAAUGUACUCUGGCAUGUCUUGUUUAACAGAUGCUUCUCCCACCAUUGAGCGAGGAAUUGCACUUCACAAGUAAUUACAGCAACUACGAAUUCUUUUUCUUUUCUUUUUUUUUGUUGGAAUUUUGAGUAUAUUUGUGAGUUUGAUAUUUAAUAACAAUGUGGACCAAAA